AUGGCUUCAACAGACAUGAAGCCAUUCGAGGAGGCACUCCUGAACUGGUACAAAGGCUUACAGCCGCUCACAGUCGAUAUCGUGGGAGACUUUGCAGGCCGAGAGCUAUUCCUAAUCCAUGGAGAAGCUUUGAUGCAGUAUUGCCUCAUCGAGGCCAGAGUGGAUUUUGACAGAGGAUUCCAGUUGUUGCACGCCAUCCAAGCCGUGGAGAAGUUCCUCGUCAAUCUAAAGAAUGGAGAUUGCAACUUUGAUAUUGUUUUCUUUCGUGACUUUGAAAAUGUGUGCGCGUAUGAGGGUAGCGCCGGCUCGAAAUAUCCUUACAAGUUCAAGCUUACACGCCGGAUUCUCAUCCAGCAUCUUACCAGAGGCAUCGCGGACUUCAAGAUCCUGGAGUUUGAUUCUUUUGACAGUCAAGAGUGUAGAAUGUAUCUCGCUAACAAUGCGAUACAUUUCAUGCUCUGCGAUGAUGGAAGGGGAGCCAGCCUAGACCAGUCUGUUCGGCUUCAACAUCUUAUAUGGAAAGUCAUAAGCAGCGGGAGAAAUGUUGCCCUCAUCAACUCGAUUUCAUGGAAGAGUUCAAAAAUUUUUAUGCCUCUCCUGAGUGGGUCAAAGGGUGCGCUGCCAGAUCUCCAUAUCGACACUCCCGUAUGUGAGACGGAACCGUUGGCGGACUUUUCCAAGCAAGUACUUGAUGAGACGCUAAGACUCUCAAAUGAAACCUUGGAUAUUUCAGCAAGAGAAAAGUUCGCUGCCGUCUUUUGUCGCGUUUUCCUUGAAAGAUCCUCAAAGGAAGGUGAGAUAUCUGGCGUUGACCUCGAGCUUGUGGAGGCGCUGCUUCUUCACAUGGCUACUCUUAGAGUCUGCCAUCUUCAGAACCGAAAUGUCCAUCCAGAGAGACUUUCAAAACACGUUUUUGAUAGCUACGACACUGGUUUUGUACAACUAUUUUGUACUGCGUCCCAAACUUUGGCAGAGAAUGGAUAUGCUGUGAGAGGGCAAGCCGAAUGGGAUUUGUUCGAUCUCUUCGAUGGCCACAUAUUCUUUUACAUUCUACAUGCGAUACGGGAUGGAUCCGAGUUUCCCAUUCCCAUUGUUGACCGAGGAAAAGCUCUUUCGGCAAAGGUACUUGGGCAGAGGAGCAUGAAUGGUCGAAGCCUUUUCAUGGCUCUUAAAACAUUGGAGAGUAAUCUACCUCCUGUGCCACCUCACUCGACCCCCACCGUUUUGUCGUUCAAUCACCCCGUACUAAAUGAGUUUCUUGAGGAUGUCUGGGUCAAAGAAGUGCCCGAUGAUGUCGAUCCUGUCGCUGAAAUUGUGUUCCAAGAUCUUCGUCACUGGCAUGCCUACAAACCAAUCACUACUAGUACAAGGAUGACACACGAAAAAGUCCCCGUCUGGCUGGAGAAUUAUAGACGCAAGAGACUUCAAAGACAAAUGGCAGAUGUCAUUUUGUACGCAGCGAGUCUCAGCAACUCUGUUGGAAAGGUGUUCAGCCGAGAAACUAUUGUCGUGGGCGCACCCACAAAGCAAAAAUUGGCUCGCGGUGGGGUGGAUGCAGACACUAACAGUAAAAGGUUGGCAAAGGUAGGCAAUCAAUCUCCCAGAGGUGGCAAGCAGAAGGCACUCCUAGCUGCCUGUGCGUUGAAUGAGAAGAGGGCGCUAGCAAAGCAAAACGAUGCCUUGCACCUCUGGGCCAUGAAAUGCGCCGAAAUUGAAAACACAGAUAAUCCAGUUAAGCAAUAUCUCAAGGCUCUGGAUUAUCUAUCUGAUGGAUCCCCGGGAAGCCAUAUUUCUGUCAAGCCAGAAGUUUUACUGUACCUCUGUCACAUACUUCGGAGAAUCUGGGACCAGACGCGUAAACAGGUCGAUGAAGAUUCCCCUAAAGGGCUAUACCUUAUUUCUAUGGUAUGGAACUGGCUGAGGGUCAUUUCGAUAUCGGACAAGUGUACACCGGAUGUUGCAAGCGCCGCCCAAGGAAUCAUGAAAGCACUGGCAAUAAGCCGGCUGAGCAUCACUGUCCAGGAGCCACCACGCAAGCUGCCUUUCACCAUCUUACCUUGGAUAACGAUGAAGGAUGUACCGAGACUUGUCCAGGAUCAUCGACUUCUUCAGCUUCGUCACGGUGGGCCUCAUAUGGAUAGGCGAUUUGACUCUCGGCCCGAUGAACGAGUGCCCUUUGAACCAGAUGCCUGGCAGCGGGACAUUCUCGACUCGAUUGAUGCCGACGAAAGUUUGUUGGUUGUGGCUCCAACCUCUGCAGGAAAAACCUUCAUCUCCUUCUACGCCAUGAAGAAAGUACUCGAGAAGAGCGACGAUGAAGUCCUGGUGUACGUCGCUCCCACAAAGGCCCUCGUGAACCAGAUUGCUGCGGAGAUCGAGGCCCGAUUCUCCAAAAGAUUCAGGACUCAGGAGGGUAAAUCCGUUUGGGCAAUCCACACACGUGAUUAUCGCAUCAACAACCCUGCUCGGUGCCAAAUCUUGGUUACUGUGCCUCACAUGUUGCAAAUCAUGCUCCUGGCCCCGACAAACGCCAGCAGCCCAACUGCAUGGUCACGGCGUGUCAAGAGAAUCAUAUUUGAUGAGGUUCACUGUAUCGGACAAGCUGAGGAUGGUAUCAUCUGGGAACAGCUGCUGUUGCUUGCCCCGUGUCCUAUCAUUGCCCUCUCGGCGACGGUUGGAAAUCCUGACGAGCUUAGGGACUGGCUUUCCAAAUUACAGGCAAAAAAGGGGUUUAAAAUGAAGAUGAUUGUGCAUGAAGUCCGAUACUCUGACCUUCGUAAAUUCAUUUACGAGCCUCCACAUGACUUUAGCUUCAAGGGACUCGCAAAGGUUUCCAGACUCCCUGUGCCAGGGCUCGACGAGGGCGACAGCAUUAGUCCAAAUUUCAAGAACAUUGCGGCGCUGGAUGAUGUCACUCUGGAAGCUAGAGACUGCCUCACUCUCUGGAACAGCAUGCAGAACACUUUUCCCAAAGACCUCCUCGGAAAUCGAAGCGAACUUGACCCUCUGAAAGUCCUGCCAGAGGUCAUUGAAAAAUCUCAUAUUGUGGAGUGGGAGAAAAGCCUAAAGAGGAAGUUAAAAGAAGCCAUGGAGAACCCAGAAUCUCCCUUCUACGAUUUGCAAGAAAGCCUUGACCCUUCAGUUCAAAAUGAAAGGACUUCCAAGAUCUCACACGACGUACACUCAGAUUCUGUUGACCAUAUUGAUAGGCUGUUUACUCUGGCAUGUGAGCUUCACUCGCAAGACGCCUUGCCAGCUCUUAUUUUUAACUACGACCGCUCCGAGUGUGAAAUGGCUAUCAGAAGCAUCCUCUCCAAACUGAACGACGCUGAAAAGGCAUUCAAGGGAAAUGACACUACCUGGAAGAAGAAACUCCGGGACUUUGAACAGUGGCAGCGGCAGAAAGGAAAUGAUCGAGGGAUUCGAUUCCCCAAACGCUCGGAAAAUGGGGAGCGGAAUCCAUCAAAGCUUGAAAUCGCCCGCGAGGAAGGGAGUGUAGAGACCAGCCCUUGGGAGAGUUUCGACCCCGAGGCCCCCUUAGAUCACUUCAGCUUCGCAGACACCAAAAAGAUGCAGCAGAAAGACCUUGACGAUUUGGUGCUUCGACUGGAUCCGAUGAAAGUCCAGCCGUGGCUGAUCGAUGCCCUUCGACGUGGAUUGGGUGUUCAUCAUGCCGGUAUGAACCUCCACUACCGUAGGAUUGUAGAGAUACUCUUCCGGAAGGGCUACAUCCGACUAGUCGUUGCAACUGGAACCCUUGCGCUCGGCAUUAACAUGCCGUGCAAGACAGUCGUCUUUAGCGGGGACUCUGUGUUUCUGUCUCCUCAGAACUAUCGCCAGGCGUCCGGCCGUGCUGGGAGACGUGGGUUCGAUUUGCUUGGGAAUGUCGUCUUUAACGGUAUCAGCCGAGAUCGGGUGCACGAGAUCAUGUCCUCUCGGUUACCUGCUCUUAAGGGGCAAUUCCCAAUCUCAACCACACUUGUCCUUCGUCUAUUUGUGCUCUUGAAUGGAACGAACAACAAUGAAUUCGCUGUCAACGCGGUCAAGUCUCUCUUAUCACAAACUCGCUUAUACCUAGGAGGACCAGAUGCCGAAAUGGCAGUCAAGCACCACCUGCGCUUCUCAAUUGAGUACCUGAGACGCCAAAACCUUCUCUCGGUGAAAGGAGUACCUAUUCACUUCGCGGGGCUUGUAGGUCAUUUGUACUUUACGGAGAACGCCGUCUUUGCAUUUCACUCAUUGCUCCGCGGUGGAUACUUUCAUAAGUUAUGCAAGGACAUUGACUCCGAUCGCGAGAGAGUGCUUCGCGAGAUGAUGUUGGUCCUCAGCCACCUGUUCAGCAGAAUACCGAUUCAGCAGAAGGCAAAGGCCCUCGAAAUUGUCGAAAGCUCUUCAUCUGAUAUCUUCCUUAAACGACUUCCAGUUGCCGCAGAGCAACUACUUGUUCGGCAUAACCGGGAAACUCUCUUGACUUUCAAGGACUAUGUAUCCUCUUACAUCAAUGCACACUUGCAUGACCUACCAGACUGCACACUUCCACUGACCAAAAUUCCGAUUGGACCAGAGAAAGGGCGCGGUUGCAGUCUAACAAGCGACCCUCCACCGGUCAUCCGGUCUCCAUUUGUGGCACUUUCUGGUUUCACUGAUGACUUCAACUCAAUUAAAGAGUUGUGUUCUACAGCCAGAGACGGGGUAUUUCUAGAGGAGUCUUCCAUCCCUUACCUCCCAAUCUGGCCAAUCGAUACCACUGUUGAGUUGAACGCCUAUCUUUAUGACUUCUUCAAGCACGGGAGUUUGAAAGUGCUGGUGCGCGACAACCACAUCAAACGCGGCGAUGUGUGGUUUCAUCUCAAGGACUUUUCCCUCGUACUUAAGACCAUCGUGACCAGCCUCAAGGGCGUCAUUGACUCAGGGGGCGGCUUCUUCAUGGAGGAUCUUGAUGGCGAUGACAACAUGAGUGAUAUGAGCGAAGGAGACCACGAGGCUAUUUCAGAGGUGUUUGAGGUACAGAAGCCAGAUAAAGCACCCGAGGAGACUGAGAAAUCGUUAGCAAAGGAUAAGGCUAAACCUGAGGUUCCCGAUAGCUGGGAGGAUGAGAGUGACGCCUCUACAUCUGAGUCUGAAGGGCCCAUGCCCGGCUCCGGUGUUAGUGGCUCAUCUGCAUCUAAAGAUCCAGCUGGUAUGCAGUCCGGGUUUGAUAAUGGAUGUGGAUUAAUGCAGGUCUUAAGGGCAUUCGAGUUGCUAGAAGCAGAGUUCGCGGACAAGUUCUACAAAAUUGGUGCUUGA